GCCCAGCAGAGGGCGACCAAGCGGCGCUCGCAGAGGAAGUGCAACUGGGAAGGGAAACAAUCCAUCAGGCAAGCCCCGCCCCCCACAGCCGUGCAUUGGCGCGCUCUGGUGGUGCAGCAUUCUUACCGCUCCCCUAGUGCUUUGGUUUGGCGGCUCCACCGUAUGCAGCACAGCCGAGUUGAGCUAGGAAUAUGGCGGGCAUGAGUGCAGCAGGUUCGGCUACAGCUACGGCUGCCGGUCCUGUUCAGCAGGGGCUGAAGGAGGCCUUGAUAGAGACCCUGACCGCCAUCCUGUCACCCGUGCAAGAGGUGCGGGCAGCGGCUGAGGAGCAGGUGAAGGUGUUGGAAGUGACGGAAGAAUUUGGUGUGCACCUGGCUGAACUGACAGUAGAUCCUCAAGGAGCCCUCGCCAUACGCCAGCUGGCGUCUGUGAUCCUGAAGCAGUAUGUUGAGACCCACUGGUGCUCACAGUCCGAGAAGUUCAGACCACCGGAGACCACCGACCGGGCCAAGGCUGCUAUCCGUGCCCUGCUGCCCGCGGGUCUGCGUGAGUCCAUCAGUAAGGUUCGCUCCAGCGUGGCGUACGCGGUCUCGGCCAUCGCCCACUGGGAUUGGCCGGAGGCGUGGCCUAAUCUCUUCACCGCCCUCAUGGAGAUGCUGAUGAGUGGAGACGUCAACGCAGUGCACGGAGCCAUGAGAGUGCUGACAGAGUUCACUCGAGAGGUGACGGAUACUCAGAUGCCACUGGUGGCUCCCGUCAUUCUCCCAGAAAUGUACAAGAUCUUCACCAUGGCAGAGGUCUAUGGCAUUCGUACGCGUUCACGUUCCGUUGAGAUCUUCACCACCUGUGCCAACCUCAUCUGCGCCAUCGAGGAGGUCGAGAAGGGGGCAGCCAAGGCUCUGAUCUUCCCCGUGGUGCAGCAGUUCACUGAGGCCUUCAUCCAGGCCCUACAGAUGCCAGACGGACCCACAUCAGACAGCGGACUGAAGAUGGAGGUCCUCAAGGCUGUGACUGCGUUGGUUAAGAAUUUCCCCAAGCCCAUGGUGUCGUCCAUGCAGCAGAUUCUCCCCAUCGUCUGGAACACACUCACAGAGAGCGCCGCCUUCUAUGUGAGGACAGAAGUCAACUACACAGAAGAGGUGGACGAUCCAGUAGACUCAGAUGGUGAGGUGUUGGGUUUUGAAAAUCUGGUCUUCAGCAUCUUUGAGUUUGUCCACACUCUUCUGGAGAACAGCAAGUUCAAGACCACGGUGAAGAAAGCCCUGCCAGAGCUCAUAUACUACAUCAUACUCUACAUGCAGAUCACAGAGGACCAGAGUAAGGUGUGGACGGCUAACCCUCAGCAAUUUGUGGAGGAUGAAGAUGAUGACACCUUCUCCUACUCCGUCAGGAUAUCAGCACAGGACCUGCUACUGGCCGUAGCAGCAGAGUUCCAGAAUGAGAGUGCUGCUGCCCUUGCUGCCGCGGCAACUAGACACCUCCAGGAGGCGGACCAAGCCAGGAGUAGCGGCAACCAACACUGGUGGAAGGUGCAUGAGGCGUGUAUGCUGGCUCUGGGUUCGGUGAAGACCAUCAUUACUGAGAAUGUGAAAAGUGGGCGUGUCCAAUUCGACAUGCACGGAUUCCUGGCCAACGUGGUGCUGGCCGACCUCAACCUGCCAGCGGCGUCUCCGUUCCUAUUGGGUCGUGCGUUGUGGGCGGCGUCUCGCUUCACGGCGGCCAUGUCCCCUGAGCUCAUCACCCAGUUCCUCCAGGCCACCGUCUCCGGCCUGCACGAGUCCCAGCCACCUUCCGUGCGCAUCUCAGCCGUACGCGCCAUCUGGGGCUACUGUGACCAGUUGAAGCUUGCAGACAGUGUCCAGGUGUUGCAGCCGUACCUCCCGAGUGUCCUGGAGGGUCUGGUGCAGCUGGCCGCCCAGUUCAGCUCCGAGGUUCUGACCCUCGUCAUGGAAACGCUUUGUAUCGUCUGCACCGUAGACCCCGCCUUCACCACCAGCGCGGAGAACAAGAUCUGCCCCCUCACCAUCGCCAUAUUCCUCAAAUACAGCAACGACCCAGUGGUGGCAUCUUUAUCCCAGGACAUCUUUAAGGAGCUGGCCCAAAUAGAAGCGUGUCAGGACCCCAUGCAGAUGAGACUCAUCCCCACACUCGUCAGCAUCAUGCAGGCACCACCAGACAAGAUACCCUCAGGGCUCUGUGCAACGGCCAUUGACAUCCUGACGACGGUGGUGCGCCACACUAAGCCGCCCCUCUCCCAGAUGCUCAUCUGCCAAGCGUUCCCAGUUGUGGCCCAGUGUACGCUACGCACCGACGACAACACAACCAUGCAGAAUGGCGGAGAGUGUUUGCGUGCGUAUGUGUCUGUGGGUCUGGAGCAGGUGGGUAGCUGGAGGGACGAGCAGGGCCACAGCGGUCUGUGGUACGUCAUGCAGGUGGUGAACCAGCUUCUGGACCCGCGGGCGUCCGAGUUCACCGCGGCGUUUGUGGGCCGUCUGGUGUCGACGCUGAUCGCCCGGGCCGGAACCCAGCUGGGGGAACAACUAGACCAGAUACUCAGAGCCAUACUGAGCAAGAUGCAGCAGGCAGAGACACCCAGCGUCAUGCAGUCCCUGAUCAUGGUGUUCGCUCACCUGGUCCACUCCCAGCUGGAUCCACUCCUGGAGUUCCUGUGCAGUCUGCCGGGGCCCACAGGAAAACCUGCACUGGAGUUCGUCAUGGCGGAAUGGAUGAGCCGCCAACACCUCUUCUACGGACAAUAUGAGGGGAAAGUCAGCACGGUGGCGCUGUGUAAACUGCUUCAGCACGGCCUCAACACCAACGACAAACGGCUACAGGACAUCGUUGUCAAGGGAGACGAGAUCUUCAACCAGGAAGAGGGAAUACGCACACGCUCCAAAGCAGCCAAGAACCCUGAGCGCUGGACUAACAUCCCAUUGCUAGUGAAGAUCUUCAAGUUGAUUAUCAACGAGUUCUCAUCAGUACUGGAGGCCAACACGGCACGCACGUCAGCAGCAGACUGGAGCCAAGACUCGGGAGGCAUGUGGGAGGAGCAGGAUGAAGAGGAAGAUGAGGAUGAAGAUGAUGAAGGAUUACACGGACAACUGCUCUCAGACCUCAUAUCGUCUAAUAAAUACGAUGAUGAUUACUAUGAUGAUGAUGAUGAGGAUGACCCCGAUGCUGUCAAGGACCCCAUCUACCAGAUAGACCUACAGGCGUAUCUGACGGACUUCCUGACGCAGUUCUCUCAGCAGCCUUGUUACAGCGCCUUUUCUGGACACCUCAACGACGCAGAGAGACGAGUACUGCAGGGCAUCGGCAUCUAAACACACACACACACACACACCCCUCAUACACACCCCAAGGACGCAUGCUCUACGCCACACACACACACACACACACGUACACACGUACACACGUCGAGCGGAGAGUAUUGCAGGGCAUCGGCAUCUGAACACACACAAACAAACACACACACACACGCCCACACCCCUUUCACCCCAAGGACUCCUGCUCUGACACACACACGUACAACGCCAAGCGAAGAGCACUUCUGGGCAUCGGCAUCUAACUCUCUCACACACACAUGCACUUAGACAGUCUGCAAACACACCUGAAGGCUGAAGACGACUGUUCUGCAAACCAUGGCCCUGUUACACACACACACACACACACACACAGACACGCAGACAUAUUGUGUGCCAGUGUGUGGCUGGGCAUCCUGUGGGGUAGUGAGGAGGCGUGUAAUUGGAGGAUGAAGAUGAUUGACAGUUGCCUGGCCCUAUCCUCCGCAUCCUCACUCUCAUCGUGUCACGGACAGAGCGAUGGAAUGGAACACUCGGCACUUCCUGUGGGAGUUCGG